AUGAAAGGCGUACUGGGGCUCAAGUGCGUCAGUUGCCGGGCCAGUGGGAGGGUGCCCCUCGUGUCGAAAAAAUUCCUCUUCAUAAAUGCCGGAUCGAAAUCAAAGUUCGGGUCGGGUGUGGUAGGCCAAAAUAAUAAGAACGGGCAGGUAACCGCCAACGCGUCGAAGAGGACAGUUUUUAUAGAGAGUAACGUGAAAAAUUCUCACGUGCGGGAGGAGCUACACAAGAGCGCGGUGGGCGCCCACACGGAUGAAUUUGAUACCUCCACGGAUCAAUUCGCUACCCACGACAAGGACGUACUAGACAGUUACAAUAACGAGCUGCCACUCGAUGGGGUAACCCAACAGGGGAAUCAGGCUCCCCCCCUGGGGGAAGAAGACUUUGAAGAAUAUUCCCAAUUUGACCGACAUGAUGGGCGAGGGAAGGAUGAUGGAGAAAAUGGAUUCGUGAACUACAGACGUAGGGAAGGCACGUUUAAUAACCAUGACAGAGGAAAGAACAGACAAAGCCAUGUCAUGAGCGGGAGAGGACACAAGUACCAAUCCGCAUCGAGGUAUGACGACGUGGAGGAAGGAGAUGAGUACGCGAGGAGACCAUCGCCCUCCAGUAGAACAUCCUACUCGAGAAGUCUAAACAAUCAGGAUAGAUAUGCUCAACUUGGAGAGAAUCUAAAAGACAUCGAAUGGAGCAAGGUAGAUGCAAAGGUGCAGAGGCAGAACCUGCUUGAAAGUUUUGGCGAAAGAAAGGAACACAUUUCAUCUGAACAGUUAGAUGCAGAACUGAAGAGAAUGAACAUUUACGUGAACAAAGAAUCAGCUGUACUAAAUAAUUUAGCUAGAAACUUCUCCGAUGUGAACUUCCACGAUGCGAUAGUGAGCCAUCUGAAUGCAAAGUUUAAAGAACCGACAGCUAUUCAGAAGGUUACCUGGCCUAUCGCACUCUCGGGAAAGGACCUAAUAGGCGUAGCCGAGACGGGCAGCGGGAAGACCUUGGCUUUCGCUCUGCCCUGCCUUAUGCACAUCUUGAAGCAGAGGGAACGUCAGGCGGAGCGAGAGAGCGAGUGGCAGCAGGGGGAAGCGGCCAUCGGUGAGGAGUCCACCCAGGUGGGAAAUGAGAAGAGGGAACUCCCUCGUGAGGCAACCCAAGGUGGUACGGAAUCUGCUACACAAGCUGAUACGCAAACUGCUACACAAGCUGCUACUCCACGCGAUAGGUACGCCCCUGAGGGGGAUCGAACUGUCUACGGGCUCAUCCUCCUACCCACCAGAGAGCUCUGCAUGCAGGUAGUGGACGAAAUAAAAAUAUUCGAAAAAGAGCUGAACAUUAGAAGUGUUGCUGUUUAUGGAGGAGUCCCAAAAUACGGACAAAUUAGUAACUUAAAGAAAGGGGCCGAUAUCGUAGUUGCCACCCCGGGAAGACUUCUUGAUUUUCUCGAAAACGGAGUGAUUCAUUUGUUGAAAUGCAUCUAUGUUGUUAUUGACGAAGCGGAUAGACUGCUCGACAUGGGAUUUGAAAAACAACUAAAAAAGGUGAUGACUCAAGUUAAUAAAAACAAACAGCUGCUAUUCUUUACAGCCACUUGGCCUGAACAGGUGAGGAAGCUGGCAUACGACUUCUCAUCGUUCGAUCCAGUGAAAGUACAAAUUGGAAAAAGCGAAUUAACUGCAAAUAAAAAUAUACAACAGAGUGUGAUUGUUAGUUCGUCUAUCGAUUUGAAGAAAAAGCUACUUGACUGGCUGAAGCAGAACUAUGAGGGAAAUAAAAUUCUAAUUUUCUGUGAUACGAAAAGGAAUUGCGACAAUUUGUGCAAAGAGCUUCGCUAUCAUCAGUACAAUGCGCUGGCCAUUCAUGGAGAUAAAGAACAGAGGGAGAGAGACAGGAUCCUAAACAACUACAGAAGUGACCGUUGCAACAUUUUAGUUGCAACUGAUGUCGCUUCAAGAGGGCUGGACAUUAAAAACAUUUCGAUUGUUGUUAAUUAUGACCUGCCCAAUACUAUCGAAGAUUAUAUUCAUCGAAUUGGCCGCACUGGCAGGGCUGGGCAGAAGGGGAAGGCCAUUUUGUUCUUCCCCUACGAUUACUAUGUGCCGCAGAAGGGUCGAUUCGCCAGGGACUUGGUUAAAUUGCUCAGCAAGGCCAACCAGGCCGUCCCAGCGGAGCUCCGCGAAAUUGCCGGCACGAGGUGA